AUGCGUGAAAGGCCACGUUUGACUAUUCGACGAGGCCGCGGAGGGGCACCGUAUUUUCGGGAGCCGUCGUCAGGAAUGACUGAGCCACGGUUAAUAUCGCCGCAUAACACGUCGAACACCACCGGCACCGGCAUCAACACACACUCUCGAUCACCGAGAAGUCUGCCGGUGAAUGGAAUACACUCGUACUGGAAGCGCAUUGCAGGAAUUGCAAAGGAGACAUUCAGUGGACUGUUGCAUCUCUCGAAUAGUGUGCCAACCAACCAAAAUAUGAGCACUGCCGGCGAGGUAGUUGGGGCAUCAUCUCUCCCCCAUCAGGGCUCUCCCUCAGUUCAUGAGGUGCCCACAAAUACCGCCUCAUCGGCGGUAGAGGCAUCACGUCGAGGCUAUCAAUCCGUCGAUACAAGUCUCACUGUGCCAGAGCGACCAACUACCCUCCAUGAAACCACCUUUCCCGAUGCGUCACCGCCCUCACAACCAAUGCCAUCACAGUCCCUGUCAAUACCACUGCAGUCCACACCGCAGAUUGUAUACAACUUUUAUUAUAUGAAUGGCGGUAUCCCGACAAGUCUACCAGUCGCACCAACCCCGUCACUGCAACCGGAAUUCAUCACUCGUUCGUCGCCUGCAUGGAACAGGGCAAGUAUUUUGGCUCGUCGCCCCGUCGCAUUGAAGCGCGAGCGUGAAAGACAAGAUGUAUUGGCUCCGGUUGGACGUAUGUCGCAUUUGGAAAGGUUUGCCGGCUCAUCUGCUCAUCCGAUUAAUGAUAGUGGUAAUACAUUUCCAUCUUCAAAUAUCAGCUACAGGACCUCUUUAAACACAAGUUUCUCUGGUGAGACGACGGCAAAGAGGGUGUCCACUGACAAUUACAUUAUGCAAGAUACACGCAACAAGAAAAUUAAUACUUCGAUUGAAAAAAAAACAAUGGAGAAAAUGCUCCCGCCUUCAGGCCAAGGUCCCAAUCAAGGGAACUCUGCGGGCUCUGGUGGCUUUGUGAGGAGCGGUCCACCGGCCGUGAUUCCCGAGGAUGAUGGUUUUGCACCGAAUGCCGGAAGCGAUGAUGAAAGCCCAAAGAAGCCUUCAAUCGCCUCGGCGCCCCCCAAGCCAUUUUCUCUGGGCACUGGGUCACUGUCAGCAAAACCCGCACCUGGCACAGGAUCCAAUUCUGCGCCCGUUGCCCCGUCGAACCCUUUCAGCUUCGGUAACAGCAGUGGCGGCGCGGCUCCAGCUGACAAGUCCGCUGCACCGUCGAAUUCCUUUGGUGUCGUUGUCAGUAAUGGGUUGACUGUGCAGGGCGGGAACUCUGCGGGCUCUGGUGGCUUUGUGAGGAGCGGUCCACCGGCCGUGAUUCCCGAGGAUGAUGGUUUUGCACCGAAUGCCGGAAGCGAUGAUGAAGGCCCAAAGAAGCCUUCAAUCGCCUCGGCGCCCCCCAAGCCAUUUUCUCUGGGCACUGGGUCACUGUCAGCAAAACCCGCACCUGGCACAGGAUCCAAUUCUGCGCCCGUUGCCCCGUCGAACCCUUUCAGCUUCGGUAACAGCAGUGGCGGCGCGGCUCCAGCUGACAAGCCCGCUGCACCGUCGAACCCUUUCAGCUUCGGUAACAGCAGUGGCGGCGCGGCUCCAGCUGACAAGCCCGCUGCACCGUCGAACCCUUUCAGCUUUGGUAACAGCAGUGGCGGCGCGGCUCCAGCUGACAAGCCCGCUGCACCGUCGAACCCUUUCAGCUUCGGUAACAGCAGUGGCGGCGCGGCUCCAGCUGACAAGCCCGCUGCACCGUCGAACCCUUUCAGCUUUGGUAACAGCAGUGGCGGCGCGGCUCCAGCUGACAAGUCCGCUGCACCGUCGAACCCUUUCAGCUUCGGUAACAGCAGUGGCGGCGCGGCUCCAGCUGACAAGCCCGCUGCACCGUCGAACCCUUUCAGCUUUGGUAACAGUAGUAGUGGUGGCGUGUUUUCAAAGAAUUUGUUUGGUUCUUCUGCCCCUGAUGGAGUGUUUAAGAGCUCACUGGGGAAAUAG